CCCGCUAAUUGCCGCUAUUGCUUUAAUAUCGGUCGACAGCAUAAAAGUAAUGGUACCUUUUGGACUGUCAAUUUUGAAAGGAACGAAUUCUAUCAGAAAUGUUUCGAUCCAGAGUGUCACGGUGUCUCGUCAAACUUAUUUCCUCUUCCAUCAUUUAUCGCAAGCUCUUUGCACAAGAAGGAUGACAAAAGUACGACUUUGGAAGCAGAUAAAAGUGUGAUACCCUUCGAAGAAGACGACGUGGAAUCGUUUUUCGACGAGAGCUAUACGGAACUGAACGAGUUCUUCUCUCAAUGGGACAACAUUUUUGAACAGUGA